AUGACGUGGCAGUUCCAAAUGUGUCCAUUUCACAAAAGUGAAAAGUACAGAUACACCACCAAUGCAUUGGUCACUUGGCUACGUUCCUCCAUGACAGACACACUCCCCCCGUCCGUCCUCGGCGCUCCACCGCGGACGCCUCCAUUGCUCACGCGCCAACAAGCCACAGAUACGUCGCUACCGGCGGAAUGGUUUCGAUGGCUGCCGCCUUCUUGGCAGCAGCAUCAUCGGCACUUUAUCAUGCUUCCCGAGGCCACCAAGAUGCAACGACCGAGUGGCGGCAGUAGACCAUGA